AUGCUAGUAGCUCUGGUUGCAGUUGAAGCUGCACCAUUCUUCGACGCUAUAUACGAUGCUAUCAAUGGCAAUGGCAGACGAUCAUACGGUUACAGUGGCUACGGGAACUAUGGAUACAAUUAUGGCUACAACAACGGUUACAACAAUGGUUAUAGUGGCUACAAACACGUGGAGCGGCCACCGAGGCAAGGAAAGACAUUCAAGGAAAUCUGUAGAGUACAUUAUCCGGAUGCCGCUGCUUUCCCGGGAGCUGGAGGGAUAGUUUGUCCCUACUGA